AUGUUAACAACGUGUAUCAUCGUUGUCUUGACAGCAGGCGCACUCGCUGACCUGCAAGCCCUGGAUGCCACCCCCAACAUCACUGUUCCUGCAGAACAAUACUUCAUCGACAAGAUAUUUGACAAGUAUGGAGACAAAGGAAUCAUCACGUUUGAAGGAUUCGAGCAUUUGCUGGACAGUCUUGGAUUAGGCGGACGCGUCUUUAAUUCACCACAUGACAUCGCUCUUCAUAAGAUAAAUGGCACGUUCCAACAACUGCACGACACAUCACACCGGCAUAAAAGAUCACCGACAUCCACAAUUCCAAUAUUAAAAAAAUCAUGCUUGUCCCCAAAGGAAAUAUUAGAAGUUUAUGGAAUGGAGAACGAACCGGGCAUCAUAACGAUCAAGCCAAAAACAUUUUUAGAGAUGUGCCCUGCUCUUGUAUACCAAUUGGAUCAAAGAUCCUGCUAUAAGAUAAAAGUACCCACACCCAAGCUUAAUCGUCUGUGGACGUGGAUUUAUGCAACUUUGAGCAUAUUAGUCAUAAGUGCAACAGGAUUGUUGGGAGUUGCAAUAGUGCCAAUGUUAAAAUCUGUUAUAUUUAGCCAUGUUAUUCAUUUUCUGGUCGCGGUUGCUGUCGGAACUUUAUGUGGUGACGCUUUAUUACAUCUGAUGCCACAUGCGCUUAAAUCACACGGAGUACCCAAUGAACCUCAAGAAGAGACCGAAGUAAUACUCAAAUGUAGUGUAACUUUUUUGACGAUUCUUUUAUUCUAUACGGUGGAAGCCAUAAUGCAGACGCUUAACGGCGGUCAUUCACACUCUCAUGACGCACCAAAUACAUCUGUUAUAGAAAUGAAAGUAGAAUCAGCAAAACAAAUCGAGCCUGUAGAACUUGGUGCGAUGAUGCCUGGCUCGCCCCCUCCACCUGUUGAUCGUCCGAUGACGUCAACAGCACUUAUGGUCAUCGUAGGCGAUGGGUUACAUAACCUAACUGAUGGUUUAGCCAUAGGAGCAGCGUUUAGUGGAGAUCCGGUAACCGGUUUUGCUACAGCCCUCGCUGUAUUCUGCCAUGAACUUCCUCACGAGUUAGGUGAUUUCGCAGUCUUGUUACGUUCAGGUAUGAGUAUAAAGCGUGCCUUAUAUUACAAUUUACUUUCGUCUGCUCUGAGCUUCAUGGGUAUGGCAGGCGGCAUAUGGCUGGCUGAAGAUCACGAGUCCGCUUCGCAGUGGAUAUAUGCUGCUACUGCUGGAACUUUCUUUUAUAUUGCUUUAGCAGAUUUAGUACCUGAAAUAAACGAAAAUAAUAAAGGAAAAAGCAUUCAUUUAGUUCUUGCUGUGCUCGGUUUCUUGAGUGGUGGUAUUAUUAUGCUCCUUAUAGCGCUACACGAAGACUCAAUCCAAUACCUUUUUAGAAAUGCGGAACAA